CUCAUCCUCUCUAAUGGGCAUCUGUAUUCUCCAUAUAAAUUGUGUAACAUGUGUCAUCUCCAAUCCAUUCUUCCCUUCCUUUUCUCCCAUCUUGCACAUAUUGCAUAACGUGCAAACAAAGGGCAAAGGAAGCUUUUUUCAGCAACUCUCCCCUCCCCCAAGCCAACCCACCCAAAAACCUUGCUGUACAAGAAGAGUUCCCACAGUCGCUGUUGCCCAUCUCUGCUUCCAUCAUAUUCUUCACCUUCACAGCCAAGAUAACCAUCAAUGGUUUCCUCCAUAUAAUAAUACCCAAUUGACAGUUGGCAAAUACUCUGUCUAGAACCAUUCCGCCAUGGCAGUCACUCUAAUUUUCUUUCUUCUAACCAGGUUCUUUGUGAACUCAGAAUCGAUUAGCAGAGUUGAUUUCCCAGAUGGGUUCGUCUUUGGAACUGCUUCUUCCGCUUACCAGUUUGAGGGGGCUGUUAAUGAAGGCAACAAGGGAACUAGCAUAUGGGAUACUUUUUCAAGGCAACCAGGAAGAAUUUUAGAUUUCAGCAAUGCAGACAUGGCUGUCGAUCAGUAUCACAGAUUUAAGAGUGAUAUAGACUUGAUGAAGGAGUUGGGAAUGGAUGCUUACAGAUUCUCAAUAUCAUGGUCAAGAAUCUUUCCAAAUGGAACAGGGGAACCUAAUCCAGAAGGAAUAAACUACUACAACUGUCUGAUAGAUGCUUUAAUGGAAAAAGGAAUCCAGCCUUUUGUAACUCUAUAUCACUGGGAUCUUCCACAGAUACUCGAAGAUAAAUAUGGUGGAUGGUUGAGCACACAGAUAGUAGAAGACUUUCAAAAUUAUGCCUUCACCUGCUUCCAAGCUUUUGGAGACAGAGUAAAGCACUGGAUCACCUUCAAUGAACCUCAUGGUUUCGCAAUCCAAGGUUAUGACUUGGGCGUUCAAGCUCCUGGAAGAUGUUCUCUUCUUGGUCACUUUUUCUGUAAAAUGGGAAAAUCAUCCACUGAACCAUACACUGUCGCUCACAAUAUCCUCUUGUCUCAUGCUGCCACUUAUCAUAGUUACCAGUUGCAUUUCAAGGAAAGACAAGGAGGUCAAAUAGGAAUAUCACUAGAUGCCAAAUGGUAUGAACCGAUAUCUGAUUGCGAUGAGGAUAAAGAUGCAGCACAUAGAGCAAUAGAUUUUGGACUUGGAUGGUUCCUUGAUCCACUUAUCUUUGGCGAAUACCCUCAUUCAAUGAAGACGCUUGUUGGUGGGAGAUUACCAGAGUUUUCAAGCACAACCUCAAAAUACCUUGCAGGAUCCUUUGACUUUAUUGGCAUAAACCACUAUACCACAUUGUAUGCCCGGAACGACAGGACUCGUAUUCGAAAAUUGAUAUUGCAGGAUGCUUCAUCUGAUGCCGCUGUCAUUGCAACCCCAUACCGAGGUGGAGUUGCCAUUGGAGAAAGGGCAGCUUCCCGUUGGAUACACAUAGUCCCAUGGGGCAUCCGAAAGCUGGCAAGAUAUGUGAAAGAUAAGUAUGGGAACCCCCCAGUGAUUAUAACAGAAAAUGGUAUGGAUGAUCCAAAUAAACCUUCUAUAGCUUUAGACAAGGCUUUACAGGAUGAGAAAAGGAUAAGAUUUCACAGGGACUAUCUCUCAAAUCUGUCUGCUGCUAUAAGGCAAGACGACUGCAAUGUACGAGGUUAUUUUGUGUGGGCGUUGCUUGACAACUGGGAGUGGAACCUAGGCUAUAGUGUCCGGUUUGGACUCUACUAUGUGGACUACAAGAAUAACCUUACAAGGAUUCCCAAACAAUCCGUUCAUUGGUUUAAAAGUAUUCUCAGAGUAAAAGGGUGAUUUAAAUCAUUGUUGUUAUACAUGCAAAAUAUGAAACACAAGUUGUACAAUGCAGAUUGAAAACUAAGAAGAAAAAAUCAAUGAAAGGAAAAAAGUAAAGAAAAAAGAAAAGUUCUAUGAA